GACGUCAGCUGACUGCCUGCCUUGGCUACGCUCUUCGCUCCAGACAUAGUGCUGCUGCUGUAAAAAUGCUGCUCUCUGUGCCGCCGAGGACAGGAUUCAACCCAUACAACGGCUAUACAAGCAGAACUAGUAAAAAGCCGACAUAUGUGUCCUCCAGCCACCAGAUGUCUCUAACCAGCCCGAACCCCACCACCACCAGCAGCAGCAGUAACGGCAGCCUCAGUGCAGAGCAGCUGAGCAAAACUAACCUCUACAUCCGCGGCCUCCACCCGGGAACCACAGACCAGGACCUUGUCAAACUGUGUCAGCCGUAUGGGAAAAUUGUGUCCACUAAAGCCAUCCUGGACAAGACCACCAACAAAUGCAAAGGCUAUGGCUUUGUUGACUUUGACAGUCCGUCUGCGGCACAGAAAGCAGUGACAGCACUGAAAGCUGGUGGAGUCCAGGCUCAGAUGGCUAAGCAACAGGAGCAGGACCCCACUAACCUGUACAUCUCCAACCUGCCUGUGUCUAUGGACGAGCAGGAGCUGGAGAAUAUACUGAAGCCCUUCAGUCAGGUCAUCUCUACACGCAUCCUCAGAGACGCCAACGGCACCAGCAGAGGAGUGGGCUUCGCCAGGAUGGAGUCAACAGAGAAAUGCGAGACUAUCAUUCAACAUUUCAAUGGCAAAUAUAUCAAGAGUCCACCUGGAGUACCAGUGCCCUCGGAACCCCUGUUAUGUAAGUUUGCAGAUGGAGGACAGAAGAAGAGACAGAGCCAGGGAAAGUACCUGCAGAAUGGCCGUCCCUGGACAACAGAUGGGGAAACGGGAGGAAUGACACUGACAUAUGACCACACCACAGCCUUACAGAAUGGGUUCUACUCAUCCCCCUACAGUAUGGCCCCUAACAGAAUGAUCGCUCAGACCUCCCUCUCCCCCUACAUGCACUCUCCUGUUAAUACCUACCAGAUCCACGGUCCACAGUCAUGGAUGCAUCAUCAUCAGCAGUACCUCAUGCAGCCCUCAGGCCAAGUCCUGACGCCGGGCAUGGACCACACCAUGUCCAUCCAGCCAACCUCUAUGAUGGGGCCUCUCACACAGCAGCUCAGCCACCUCUCUAUGGGCAGCAGUGGCACGUAUAUGCCUGCAAACACAUCUAUGCAAGGGACCUACAUCCCCCAGUACACCCAAGUGCCUCAGACCACCGUUUCAGUUGAGGAAAGUGCCAUCCAACAACAGGUUUCCCUGGAGACUCCCACAGAACACACAGGUUACUCCUAUCAGCAUAGCAAGUGAAGAGGAGGGACAGGUGGGUUACACUAGUCUAUUUCCUGGGCCACCUGCGGUCCGUACAGCUCAGCUCAGCUCAGCUCAGUGACUAGUGGCUCUGGACAGAAGCACCAGACAGUCACACUAAAGAGAAAAGGAUAUUUAAAAAUCAGAGGUUACGGGAAACUCUUGAAUAGAGAUUAAUGGAUACUGUGAAAACGAACAGAACUUGGAGCAUCUAUUUUGACCACAGAACAUGACUCUAUAGUCGAAGAAAGAGAAAAAAACACACACACACACAUUAUUUUUUGUGCACGUAUUAACAAAUUAUUUUCCUAACUAUUCUGGUGAGCCAGAAUGAAAUCAGGAACAUAAAGUCGAUUAGUUGUACUUUUUUGUAAAAUAUGCUGAUUUAGUUUUUCAUUUUAUCAUCUGUUAUUUGUAAGCUUUUCACCUGAAUUAUUUUGUGUUGAUUCAAAAAUAAUUGUUUUCUUCACUUCACACUGCUUGUUGUUUUUGGUAAAUGUUUGAAGAAAGAAGGCUGAAAAACUGCUUAAGUUACUUAGAUCAUAGAUGUGUGCCAUAUCUGGUGCUAUCAACUCAGAGCAGUUUUUUAGCACUUGGUCCCUAGUUGAAAUUCUCACAAUAAUUCUCACAAUCUAAAUAGAUAUUUAGAAAUAAAGCUUAAGACAAUCAAACAUUUAACUGAUUAUUUCCAGAUUCUGGCCAAUUAUAAUACAAUUAUAUAGGGAAAAUACAAAAUAUAUGCAUGAUUAAAUUUGACAUGAAAUACAUUUAGUUGCUGGUUAUAUUUGGGGAAUUUAAUCCUAUAUUGCUCCAAUGCUAACCAACAACAUAAAUAAGUCUUUACAUUUGGUUUUAGUGGGUUAAGCUGCUACCCUUUAAACAGACCCAAAGUUGUUCUUAGGAGUUCAUAUUGUUGAGUGUUGCGCUAUUAGUUUAAACAAGUAAAUGAGAGAUCCAAAACAUAUGGCCAGUAGCCUAAUGAGAUGCUUCGCUACUUCCUCUCUGUCUGUUCGUUGAUUCCUCUGUUAUUGUUGAUUUGUUUUUGUUUUGAUUCCAAGUGACUGUUUUUUUUUAUUUAAAGAAAGUUUGUGAGAUUUUUUAUUUGAUUUAAUACGUUUCAGAUUGAUCCAUUUGAAUUUUGGUAGUGUGCAUUGAGUAGUUAAAAAAAAAAAAAGAUUUGUUGGCUUUUUCUUUUGAAAUAAUGUCUGUCAUUUGAGUUUUUAUUUUUCUCAAUCUCUGUUUUAAUUUUCAAUCACAUGGUAAAUGCUCUAAAUGUUUGAGAGAUUUCAAAUCAGUCUGUGUCAUCACUUUUGGCACGUUCACCGUUUAAUGAGGUGUGCUCACUGCUCAUCAAUCCAAGAUAAUUAUGGGCUCUAUUCAAUCCCAAUUGAAAUGUAAAGGCAACGUUCCCGCAUUGGCGGAGACCGCAUUCACGGUAAACGGCUCAAUUGGAAAUGACCUUUACAUUUAUAUUGCACAACCUGUAACACUUCAGCUUUACAGAUUGAAUAGAGCCCUAAGUGUAACACCUCUUAGAAAUGAUUUCAGAAAUGUGUCCCACGUGGUAGAGUAGUCAUUAAGUCAGUCAGUGGUUAGGGAAUGCAGUGUGAAAAGUAAUAUUACCUCCUACGCAACUAGAGCAAUGUAAAGUCAGCUGAGGGUUAGUGUGCAAGGUGCUGAGAUGUUUUAUAAGGUCAUACCUUCUAUGGUUCUCAAGGCUAUCCUCACAGUCACAGCAGGUACUGUGUCCAUAUCCUCACUCUUCUGUCCAACGUUCACAAACCAGGCCUAAAUCCCAGGUCAAACAUCUAAUCAGACUGUUUUGUUUCUUAAAAUGGCCAGUGAUCUAUGCAAUUAAUUUAUUGGCCACAAUAAUGCAAUACUUACACUGUAGAUGAAUAUGAGAAGUUUUUAUUUUUCAGGUGACAAUAGGCUGUUUGUCAAGUGACUUUUGAAACUUACCAUUCUGCUAUUGGUGGCUUUCAUUUUAGUUAAUCCAAAACGUUUAGUUGUAAGAUUAUACGCCUCGUUGUUCAUCUAAUGACAGUGAGAUGGCUGCAUAGAAGGGAAUAUCUGUAUAUGAUCUACAGACAAUCAGUAACAUUUGAACUAUCUACUAACCCUAACCUUGAUAGUAUGACCAUCUGUUGAACAUCUACAGAUGGACUAUCCAAAUAAAGCAUUACCAUGUUUUCAUGUACAGCAUGGUUCAUGAGGUUGGAGAAAAUCAGAAAGAAAAUCACUCAGCUAUCUUGCUAAAGGCCUCACACCAUCUCCUAACAAUAGGAUACUGACUACCUGUUGUCCAUCCAGAUGCACAGUCCUUAUUUUGUCAACCAAAAUAUUGGUUAUAGAUUUUUUGUUUGUUACCAAAGACAUCAUCCGGUAGGCAUUUGGACAUUUCUAAGUGAUCAAUGCUCAGUUUAGAAUACAUCUGUAGUUCUUUCUUUUUCCUUGAUUUGUGACUGUACAUGAAAAGGUUUGUUGACACUAUUAAUAAGCUCUAUGAAUGGUCUCAUGAAUUAAUUUGUGGUAGGAAGAAUAUUAUCAGAAAUGCCUUAUAGAUUUCAUCAAGAGAGGAUUUAAAGUGUGCUACACACUAAAUUGCUAUCUGGAAACAUUCAUGCACUGUCUGCAAAUGAUAAACAAAUUAUUUUCUUGUAAGAUUUACUCUCAUGUAGUAGAAUCAGUCUUAGGAAACCACAAUUUAAUGUUUGUUACAUUGUCAUAUUUAUUUUGAGGCCACAAUCAUUCCAGAUGUGUUUAAAUAAAAAAAUGUCAGCCUUAGUUUGAAAUGUCAGAAUGCUCUCGCCCUUUUCCAUAGUUCAGAUAAUCCUUUACAUGAAGUCCACUUGAAACAUCUUGCUGCUAAUUUAGGAUUUUAAAGGUUGCGUAGGAGUGGGCUCUACUGUUUGUCUUUCAUUGUACAAUGCAAACUAGAGGGAGAAAAUAUUAGUUGAAGCUCCGUCCAGCAAUAAGUCAUCCAUGUCAUGUAAAGUCAGUCAGACAGGUUAAAAAGCAACACAUUUCAUAGUCAUUGGCGCACAGCCUUAACAUUACUAUUCCCUGGCUUUAUCAAGUCCAUUGUAAAGCAAUCAUGUACAAUCUUAUUCACUUUUGUCAAUCAUUAAAUUUGUCCUUAUGUGCCAUACUAGCAGGUCUAUGGCUGCGUUUACACAGGCAGCCCAAUUCUGAGCUUAUUCCACUAAUUGGUCUUUCGCCAAUAAUUGGGCAA